UUGAACCCCAGAGGCAAGGCGGGGAGAGGGAGCGCAUAGGGACCCCUUGCGCCCCCUGGGGGUGCCCCCCACGGGGAACACCUCCUCCCAACCAGGCCCCCAGAGGAGGGGCUGCACCCCACACACAGCAGCGCACGGGGAAGCCCAGGGGUCCCUCUACCCGCUCCUCGGAAGAGGGAGCUGGGAGCAGGCGGGGGGCGGGGGGCGGCUGGAGGGCCGGAGGGGGGCGGGCCGGCGGGGAGGGGCGCUCAGGGGGCGGGCCGGCCGCGCUUGCUCCUGCCGCCGCUCCCCAGCAGAGCAGCUGGCGGCGGGACCCGCGAGAGAGCAGCGGAGCGCGCAGACUGUGAGCCCCUCCCCGUGCGACGCCCCCCACCCCAGCGCCACCCCGGCCGCCCUCCACCCUCGCGGCGCCCAGCAGACCAGGGCGGACUGGGGAGCUGGGACCCCGGAGCCGAGCGCCAGCUCCGGGCCUGGGGGGCGCAGACCUGCGGAGCCUACGGCCCACGGGAAGGGAAACUGUAGGAGGAAGAGAGGAGAGUAAAUGAAGACAAAGGACUGGAGUCCCUCCUUCCAGAAAACGGAAACGCAGGUGCCUGCUGACCCCCAGUGUUGCAAAGAAGCAGCUCCAUCUGGGAGCAGGGGGCCAGCUAGGGCAAUGGUGGCACCAUCCCAGAAAAUGCCCCAUGGCUGCUGAGGGGGCUGCCUGGUCAGGGAGCAGAGUGGCGGGCAUGGUGCGUGGUCUAUGGGUCCUGGUGCUAGCAUCCUCAGGUCUGGCUCUGGAAGAAGUGUUGCUGGACACCACGGGAGAGACCUCUGAGAUUGGCUGGCUCACUUACCCACCAGGUGGGUGGGAUGAAGUGAGCGUCCUGGACGACCAGCGCCGCCUGACCCGCACCUUCGAGGCAUGCCACGUGGCGGGCCCCCCCGCCGGCACCCCGCAGGACAACUGGCUGCAGACGCACUUCGUGGAGCGCGGGGGCGCCCAGCGCGCCCAUAUCCGCCUGCACUUCUCCGUGCGCGCUUGUUCCAGCCUGGGGGUGGCGGGGGGCACCUGCCGAGAGACCUUCACCCUCUAUUACCGCCAAGCCGAAGAGCCAGACGGCCCUGACCGCGCCGCAGCCGCCUGGCACCUCAAACGCUGGACCAAGGUGGACACGAUUGCGGCGGACGAGAGCUUCCCCGCCUCCGCCUCCUCCUCCUCUUCCUCCUCUGGGGCCUGGGCGGCGGGGCCCCGCGGGGCCGGGGCGCGGGCCGGGCUGCAGCUCAAUGUCAAGGAGCGCAGCUUCGGGCCGCUCACGCAGCGCGGCUUCUACGUGGCCUUCCAGGACACCGGGGCCUGCCUGGCACUCGUGGCCGUCAAGCUCUUCUCCUACGCCUGCCCCUCGGUGCUGCGCGCCUUCGCCUCCUUCCCGGAGACUCAGGCCAGCGGGGCUGGGGGCGCCUCCCUGGUGGCUGCUGCGGGCACCUGCGUGGCUCAUGCGGAGCCGGAUGAAGAGGGAGGGGGCCUCCAGGCCGGGGGCGGCCCACCCAGGCUGCACUGCAACGGGGAGGGCAGGUGGAUGGUGGCCGUGGGGGGCUGCCGCUGCCAGCCGGGACACCAGCCUGCGCGGGGAGACAAGAUCUGCCAAGCUUGCCCUGGGGGGUCUUACAAGGCUUCCGCUGGGAAUGCCCCCUGCUUGCCCUGCCCCGCCCACAGCCACGCCCCUGACCCCGCGGCCCCAGUCUGCCCCUGCCUGGAGGGCUUCUACCGUGCUAGUGCGGACCCUCCGGAGGCCCCCUGCACUGGCCCGCCUUCUGCCCCCAGAGAGCUGUGGUUCGAGGUGCAAGGCUCGGCUCUCAUGCUCCACUGGCGUCUGCCCCAGGAGCUGGGGGGUCGGGGGGACCUGCUCUUCAAUGUCGUGUGCAAGGAAUGCGGGGAUCCUCAGGAGCCAUGUCGCCGCUGCAGGGACGAGGUCCACUUCGACCCCCGCCAGCGAGGCUUGACAGAGAGCCGCGUGCUGGUCGGGGGUCUCCGGGCGCAUGUACCCUACAUUCUGGAGGUGCAGGCGGUCAACGGGGUGUCCGAGCUCAGCCCAGACGCUCCACAGGCCGCAGCCAUCAAUGUUAGCACCAGCCACGAAGUUCCCUCGGCAGUCCCAGCCCUGCACCAGGUGAGCCGGGCUGCAGACAGCAUCACGGUGUCCUGGCCACAGCCUGACCAGACCAAUGGGAACAUUCUGGAUUAUCAGCUGCGCUACUAUGAUCAGGCAGAAGAUGAGUCUCGCUCCUUCACAGUGACCAGCGAGACCAACACAGCCACUGUGACCCAACUGAGCCCAGGACACAUCUAUGGCUUUCAGGUUCGAGCUCGGACAGCUGCAGGCCAUGGCCCCUAUGGGGCCAAGGUCUACUUCCAGACGCUGCCUCAAGGUGAGGCAUCUGCCCAGCUUCCGGAGAGACUGUCCCUGGUCAUCGGUUCAAUUCUGGGGGUGCUGGCCUUCCUCCUGCUGGCAGCCAUCACUGUGCUGGCUCUUGUGUUUCAAAGGAAACGUCGAGGGACAGGGUACAGGGAGCAGCUGCAGCAGUACAGCAGCCCAGGACUGGGGGUCAAGUAUUACAUUGAUCCCUCCACAUAUGAGGAUCCUUACCAAGCCCUCAGAGAAUUCACCCGGGAGGUGGACCCCACUUACAUCAAGAUUGAAGAGGUCAUUGGGACAGGCUCCUUUGGGGAAGUCCGCCGGGGCCGGCUGCAGCCCAGGGGCCGCCGGGAGCAGGCUGUGGCCAUCCAGGCCCUGUGGGCGGGGGGCGCAGAGAACCUGCAGAUGACCUUCCUUGGCCAGGCAGCUGUGCUUGGCCAGUUCCAGCAUCCCAACAUCCUGCGGCUGGAGGGCGUGGUCACCAAGAGCCGACCCCUCAUGGUGCUGACUGAGCUCAUGGAGCUGGGCCCCCUGGACAGCUUCCUCAGGCAGCGGGAGGGCCAGUUCAGCAGCCUGCAGUUGGUGGCCAUGCAGCGGGGCGUGGCAGCCGCCAUGCAGUACCUGGCUAGCUUCGCCUUUGUGCACCGGGCACUGUCUGCCCACAGCGUGCUGGUCAACAGCCACCUGGUAUGCAAGGUGGCCCGUCUUGGACACGGCCCUCAGGUUCCAGGCUGCCUGCUUCGCUGGGCGGCCCCAGAAGUCAUCCUGCAUGGAAAACACUCAACAGCCAGUGACGUCUGGAGCUUUGGGGUCAUGAUGUGGGAAGUGAUGAGUUACGGGGAGCGGCCCUACUGGGACAUGAGUGACCAGGAGGUCCUCACUGCAAUCGAGCAGGAGUUCCGCCUGCCCCCACCUCCAGGCUGCCCUCCUGGACUGCACCUACUGAUGCUGGACACCUGGCAGAAGGACCGGGCCCAGCGGCCUCACUUUGACCAGCUGGUGGCUGCUUUUGACAAGAUGAUUCGCAAGCCAGACACUCUGCAGGCUGCCGGGGCCCCUGGGGAGGACAGACCUUCACAGGCCCUUCUGAACCCCGUGACCUUGGACUUCUUGUCUCUGGACUCACCCCAGGCCUGGCUCUCGGCCAUUGGGCUAGACUGCUACAGGGACAACUUCGCCAAGUCCGGCCUGUGCACCUUCAGUGAUGUAGCCCAGCUGAGCCUGGAAGACCUGCCCACCCUGGGCAUCACCCUGGCUGGCCACCAGAAGAAGCUUCUGCACAACGUCCAGCUCCUUCAACAGCAUCUGCGGCCACCAGGCUCCAUAGAGGUCUGAGCCCUGGGCAGGACAGACAGACGCUGGGACAGACUAUGCCCUGAAUCUGGAUGCAGGGACAUGGACACAGCAGCCAACCCCCCCCUGGCCUCUCUCUCCCUCCUGGAUUUUUUUCCUUCCUCUGCCCUUCCACACCCUGCCUCAAUAUUAAAGGGAAUCCCUGGGACUUUGCAA